AUUUAUUUGUGCAGCCUUAACUUUUCUGCUGGUGGGCUCCACCCUCUGCCAUGCUGUGUGACUGCACAAAUAUUUGCUCUGGGAAACAGUGGGGGGAGUAGCUCAGUGCGAGGAAUAUGAGGCUGGGAUGGAGUGGAGGGCUAAAGCUGUUUAAAUUGGCUUAAGCUGUGCUGUUGGUCAGUGUCUAGCUAUGUCUUUUGGGCAAACGGUGAUCUAAGUUUCGUGGAAAUACUCAUCCCAGCAAUGGGCAAGGUCACUUCUUCUUCAAGCCAAAAUUAUAAUUAGCAAGAAACCUGAUACAGUUCCAGGGAUGAACAUCCACCUGCAUUCUCUCUUGCUAAAUAUGUUUACAUUUUACAUAUGCUUUAAAAAAAAAUACGGUUUCCAGAUUUAGCUUAGAAACGGCAAAAUGUUUGCAUAGCUUGUGCUAAUACAUCACUACAAAAUGAUUUUUCAAUUUAGUUGACUGCUUUGAUAAGAACGUGUUGUUUCUUUCCUCUCUAAAACAUAACUAUUAGACUUCCUUUAAUUAUUAAAAUGGUGCUCUCCCUGUGCCAAUGUUACAGUUCCUUGUAACCGCUGUGCACCUGGGUCAGAUUUCUUCCCUCCGUGCCCCAUGAUUUACAAAGGGUUUUGCAGCGCAAGAAACAAAUGCUUUUAGAUGUAAGAUUGGAUUAGACUUAAGUUGUUGGAGAGAAGGAAUAUGCAUCUGUUGUGAGAGGUGGAAAAUAUAUAGUAACUAAAAUAACGACACAGUAUUUUCUCCUCGUGGACUUUUUUCAACUGAGAAAUACAAAUGAAGUCAUAUUUUGAUAAAGAGCGGUAGUGAAGAUAUUUUAGUACUGACUUAAUUGAUACUUUUAAUCAGUAAGUCAUAGAAAGUGUGCUGCUGCUUCUUUUUUUCAGAUCUUACACUAAGGCUGCAAAAAUAGGAUGAUAAACUACAUCUAAUAAAGUCAUACAUGGGUAACUGCCCUUUAAACAAUAAACUGGGACCCAGUUUUGCUUUUAAGUGCUAUGCAGGUAUCAUAAGGACUCCAUUACUUCGAAUUAACCCCAACAUUUUCUUCUUGGUAAUUAAGCAUAACCAGUAGUUGGAGAUUUUAAUGUCCAUUAAACCAUGGGGUUUUUGCAGCACAAAACUUGUGGGACUACUGGUUAAUUAUGACUGGGAGCAUUAAUGACAGCUGUCCUGAAAUACAUUUGAAUUUAUCUCAACGUGUUUGGUGGAAGUAGCUUCAGGUUUUUCUUACUUUCGUUUUUCCUGCUCAUUACAAGGUCUCUCCUGCUGCUUCCUUACCUCCCAGCUCCUUGUCCUGCUGUUACACCCUCUCUACGGGCUGUGUGGCUUGGGUCCCUGUGCCACGCCUUCCCUUAUGGCCAGUGCCACUGCUUUGGAAUCUGCCUUUCUGGGAAUUUGUGGAAAACCAGUGCACAUGCCAGCCCACAAACAGAGCAUGAGCUUACCCUUCCUACAGAAACAAGGUGGAAGUAGCUCUGUCCUCAGUGUCUGCACCAUGUUUUUAAAAUUACACUUCUGUCAAGCCUUUCAGCGUGCCCUCUGCAAUCGUAGAGCCCGUCCCAAGCACCUACACUGCUGAGGGUUAGGCGGCUUUCAGUGUGAUGCUUACUAGACACAAGGCUUUGUUUAAAGAACAUGAAGAGUGUAUCAGAAAUUUACUGGGAAUCCCAGGAACCCUGGCUCUGGCUGUCUGUCCGUGUUCCAUUGGAUACUGCACUUUAACUAAGUUUCUCCAAGCAUUUUGGCCUUCCAAAGUUUCACUCUUUUUCAGGAGUUAACCAGUUUGGUGUGAGCAACAUGGUAUUGGUUGAAAAGACGAGAUGUUCCACAGAAACGUGUUUGUUCAUUUAAUUCAGGAUGAGAGAGCACAGUCUUAAACUGCUCCAGGAGAGGUUUGGGUUGGACGUUAGGAAAAGGGUGGUUAGACAUUGGAAUGGGCUGCCUAAGGAGGUGACAGAGUCACCGUCCCUGGAGGUGGUACUUGGUGCCAUGGUCUAGUUGACAGGCGGGUUUUUGGUCAUGGGUCAGACACGAUGAUCUCAGAGGUCUUUUCCAACCUAAUUGACUCUGUGAAUUAUUACUCAUGGAGGGGUGCGGGGCGGGAUGUUUCGUAAGGAUGGAAGGCAGCGGGACGGCGCGGCUCGGGCGCUCUCCGCACACGAGGGAGCGGGCCGAGCGGAGCCCGGGCGGGUCACGAGGCCGCCGCCGGCCCGUCCCCCCCCGCGCCCCGCCGCCACCUGCGGGCCGGGCCCGGCGGAGCGCCGGCCGCCGCCCCGGGGCGUGUCGUGUCGUUCCGAGCCGAGCCGCCCGGCCCCGCGGUGAGUCACCGUCCGGGGCCCGGGCACAACUUCCCCCUCUCGACAGGAGCCAUUUUAGCUGCUCGACGCUGCGGGGAGGCCGGGGUGGCGCCGCGGGCCCCGCGGCCGGGCGUGGUAAAAGUUAUCGAGGCAGGAAGAACAUCUCAGGAAAGGAUUUUUCUUGGUUUGUUUUGCUUUGAGAAGAGAAGAACACAGGAACACUGAUGAUCUAAGGAACACAAACAUUGAUACUCGAUCCAUUUUGUGAACCUGCCUUUCUGCCCAGCUGGACCUCAGUGAAGCUCUCUGUUCUUUCACAUUCAAGAACGUUUUUCUUUGUAUGUGGAGCUGAGACCUGGGAAUGCGUUAUUAUGGCAGCAGUUGUACAGCAGAAUGAGCUUGUGUUUGAAUUUGCCAGCAACGUCAUGGAGGAUGAGCAGCAGCUUGGUGAUCCAUCUAUUUUUCCUGCUGUCAUCGUGGAGCAUGUUCCUAGUGCAGAACUCCUACAUAACUACUCUGGCUUAACCUGCGUGGAUGAACCUAGUGACAUGAUCACUGAGAACUCUCUGGAUGUUGCAGAAGAGCAAAUCAUAGAAGAUGAUGAUAUCACCCUCACAGUUGAAGCAUCUUGUCAUAAUGGAGAUGAAACAAUGGAAACAAUUGAGGCUGCUGAAGCACUUCUUAAUAUGGACUCCCCUGAUCCUAUGCUGGAUGAAAAAAGAAUGGCAACUAUGUUUGGUGCAACUGAAGAGGAAGAAAUGGUGCCUCCUAUCACACACGUGUCAGUCACGCUCGAUGGGAUCCCUGAGGUGGUGGAAGUUCACCAAGCCCCAGACCCUUAUGCUGAGUCACCAGAGACUCCAGAAUUUGAACAACCAAAGAAGAAAAAAGGAAAGAAACCAAAGCCGUCUCGUUCUGAGUCCCCUACUACAACUCCAAACAUAUCUGUGAAAAAGAAAAACAAAGAUGGAAAGGGAAAUACAAUUUAUCUCUGGGAGUUCUUACUAGCACUGCUCCAGGACAAAGCUACAUGUCCUAAAUAUAUCAAAUGGACUCAAAGAGAAAAGGGCAUUUUCAAACUGGUGGAUUCCAAAGCUGUGUCCAGGUUGUGGGGAAAACACAAAAACAAACCUGACAUGAAUUAUGAAACAAUGGGUAGAGCUCUCAGAUACUACUACCAAAGGGGAAUCCUUGCUAAAGUAGAAGGUCAGCGCCUGGUGUAUCAAUUUAAAGACAUGCCAAAAGAUCUCAUCUAUAUUGAUGAUGAAGAUGCCAGCCCUAGCACUGAAUCAUCAGAUUCAACUCUGCUCUCACCUGCUGUGGCCAACAGAAACCAAUCAAGCAGAACUAGAGCGUCUGCAAAUGCAGGAACAAAGGGAGGAUCAGCCUCAGUGGUAAAAACAGGAAACUCCAAGCCUGCUAAGCUGAAGGAGCAAGUGGAAGUUGUACAGCAGCAGACAUCUGGCUUGAGUUCAGAAGUUUUGAGGACAAUACAAUCUCCACAGCCAGUACAACCUGCUCAGCUUUUUCGGACAGUUCAUGUAAUGCCGUCAUUGCAGCCCCUCACAGAAGGACAAGCAGCUGUAACCAGUAAUGUUCCGGAUGAAUCGUUAAAUUCCUCAGUUCAGAAUAUAAGCAGGACUUUGCAGACUCCAACCCAGGUUCCAGUGGUUGUUUCUCCUGGAAAUCAGCAGCUGCAUACUGUAACACUCCAGACAGUGCCUCUUACUACAGUGAUAGCCAGCACAGAUCCAGCCUCAGUAACAACAGCACAGAAAUUCAUUUUACAAGCCAUUCCUACUUCCCAGCCCAUGACGGUUCUUAAAGAAAACAUCAUGCUACAGUCUCAGAAGCCAGUCUCACCUCCUUCCUCGAUUGUGCUGAGCCCAGCACAAGUUCAGCAGGUGCUCACCAGCAGCGUGCAGACAAUUUGCAAUGGAACAGUCAACAUGGCUUCAUCUCCAUCCUUCAGCUCCACCAGCCCCGUGGUGACGUUCUCGCCCAGCAGCUCGCAGGUGGUGUCUCAGCCUUCGGGCACGGUGAUCACUUCGGUCAUUAAAGCCCCGGACACGAAGCAGGCUGGCCUACAAGAAGAGGAAAAGGAGGAGAGUGACAAAGUAGAAGAUACUGAGCAGUCAGAGCAGGGAUUCCAGCAGCAACCAUUUGUGAUGGUAGUGUCCAGUUCAAAUAAUUUCCCAUCUAACGUGCAAGUGAAGCAAGAAAAUGAGCCAUUGGAACCCAAUUUGUAUUGAUAAUUAAAUAAUUACAAAAAAAAAAGACCCUGUGGAUGAUUAUUUUCAUAAAUGUGAUGGGACCUUUUCAGUUAUGUAUAUAUUAUUUGAUUCUGAAGCAUGAUGUUGCAAAGCUACUAAAUUUCUGCAGUUAAUUCUUAGAAUUCAUGCUUUAGGAUGGAUUUUGAUUUUCUGUUAAUUGCUAAAUGUUAUCAUAUAAAUAAAAUUAUAUAUUACUCAUUUUUCAAAGUACAGGCAUGAAGGAACAUGCUUUUUAUGCUAUGAAGACUUUCUCCUGAGGGUGUUGGCCAAAGUUUCAAACUUCCCUUAUUUUGUUGUCAGUCUGUUGCCGAUUUACAUUGCAGUAAUGUUAUUGUAACCUUUUCUGUUUAAUCUGUAUUUGUAUCACCUUUGGAAGCAGCAGUUAGUUUUAGUAAGACAGUUUCAUUCCAUGUGUUUGAAUUUUUAUGAUCGAGUAUCUGUUUCAUAUCAGUGAAUGACAUCAGUUUUAGACUUCGAUAACCAGGUAUCCUCUUGCAUUUUUUGCAGCACAAGCUCUUGUGUGUGCAAAAUUGAAUAUACACUCCUAUUGAGAGUACUCAAAACAUAUAUUCCAGAAAUGGACAAUGCCAUGUCUAUAUUUUAUAUGAAAACAUCAGAUAUAUUUAAUUACAGAAGCUACCGGCAUCACUACAGGUGCAAUGUUUCAUGCCAUUUUGCACCUAUGAAUCUUAACAAUCUUGCUUUCUACUUCAGAUUAUUUUGUAAGGGGGGAGGGAAAUUGAAUAUAUACAAUUUAUGCAGUUUUUUGGAGAUUAAUACUGCUAAGACUUCUUGUUUUUGAUUGUAAAUACUGUAUAUUCAAUGUUGCAGGGAAGUUUUUUCAGCUAAUUUUUUUCCAUACAAAUUUUUGAUAGAUGCAAAUAAGAUCAAUAAGAUCCUUAUGUUUAGAGGUCUAAUGUUAUAUGUAUUCAUAUUACUGAGUGACUUUGUAUUUAAAGACAAAUUUUUAAAUGAUGGAGCCCAUUGAACCUUGGGUCCUUCUUUUGUAUUUUUAAUUGGUUUAUUAUGAAAAUAAAUCAAAUGGAAAAACUCUUUUCUGUA